UCGAGAUCCAGAAGCUUAUAAUUACUCUCCCUAUAAUUAUAUGAUUGCUAUAAUUACCCUUAUUACGUGAAGACGUUCCAGAGCUUAAACACAACCGCGGAACCCAACAUACCGGAUCGUCAUCCCUUCCCUUCUCACAUACUUGUAAGUUGACACCUUCCACUCCCUGCGAACUGCUUCUACAAGUUCGCUUCAAUCGCACUUUUCCCCUGACUUGCGACAGACACUUUUACGAAUCUCAAUCAUGCCUAAGAAAGGUGGAAAGAAGGGCAAGAAGGGCGGCAACAAGCCCGCCGCCGUCGCUGGUGCUGCCGUCGACAAGGUCGCCGACACCGCCAAGAGCGUGGUCCCUCAAGAAAAUGUCGAGGACAAGGCGCACACUGAAUCCCAGCCCGAAACCGCGACUGAGACUUCCGAGACUGUGACCAAGCCCACCGAGACCGCCGAGUCCGAGGCCAAUGUGGCCGAUGCUGAAAAGGCGCCCGUCGCGGAAAAGGACACAGUCGACGAGGCUGUAGAGAAGGCGCAGGCCUCCAAGGCCGGUCAGGUCGGCGAAUUGGACGCUGGCGACGCCGCCGGUAGUGCCAUCAUCCCCGAAAAGACCACCAAGGAGUCGGCCAUCGUCCCCGAGACCCCCAAGGAGCCCGCUCCUUCCACCGCGACCGGCGCGGCCACCACACUCGCUGAGCGCCCCAAGACUUCGGAAUCGACCGCUGCUGCGGCCGCCGCCCCUGUCCCUGAGUCUCUCCCCGCCCCCGAGGUUGCUCCUGCGGCUGCUGAGGCCGAGGCUGAGGCCACCCAUAAGCGCCCGUAUGACCAGCCCAUCUUCUCCAACGAGGAGAACUUGAAACCCCACAAGAUGCCCAAGACCGAGGAGGAGCAGCUCGCAGCUAGCGCCGCUAAGGAUAAGGCGACCAUUGAGAACCUUGCCGGUGCUGGUCCUGCUUCGACUGCUGCGUUGACGACUCCUGAGCCAGUGCCUGCCAAGACCGAGGCUCCCAAGGAGGCCCCCAAGGCCGAGGAGAAGAAGGUAGAGGAGAAGAAGCCCGAGGCUGCUUCCAAGACCACCGCUCCAUCCAGCGGUGCGAAGCCUUCCUCCUCCGACGCGGUCGCUGGUGCAGCUGCGGCCAUGUCUUCCAGCAAGGACAAGUCUGCCGCCCCCGCAGCCAAGGAGGCCGAACUCAAGAAGCCCGAGGCAGCCCUGAAGCGCGGCGAGGAGCCCCAGCCCAAGAUCGAGACCCCCAAGGCCGAGCCCAAGACCGAGUCCAAGCCCGAGACCAAGGAGCCCGUCAAGGACGACGCCAAGGACGAGCCCAAGGCAUCGGAGCCAUCAGAGGGCGAGAAGGAGAAGAAGAAGGAGAAGGGCGGAUUCUUCUCCUGGUUGAAGCGCAAGUUCAAAUGAAUAAAGUAAUCGCUAUGGGAAAAUAAGAAAAAAAGAGAACCGAGAACAGUUGGUGUACGAUACGCAUGUACACGCUAGUUUGGUGGGUUGCAGACAGCUGAGGCUUACACUUGCACGUUAGGCUUGCUUUUGUUUUUUUGUUGUUUUUUACUCCCUUUCGGGCUUUGAUGAUACACCAGUUGAAAUUAUAUAUCAGAUACAGAAUCAUAGUGCUUAACUUAGUGGCUUGCUUUCCUCUAUUUUGUUCUAAUAGUGUCGCUGGGGGUGUUUCUCUAAGGGGCCUGAGCUAUACACCGCUAUUCCGAUGUCAAUGCGCAAGGAUGGAACGAUUGUCCCUUCUAGUUUACUGCAUAUGGAGACACUGGAGUCGAGUGGAGUCGAUGACGAGUUCGGUGUGUUAGCCAGGGUCUCCAUGUCUCAGCUGUAGCUAUACAGAAAGAAUGACGUUCAAGGGAAUCGGAG